AGUACGAUUUGAAUCCUUGUUUUUAAUCUUUUUAUUGUUAUCUAUGUUUUCAAUCCACCCAGUCUGUAAUAUUUCGCGUAAUUCGGAGGUAAAUAGAUAUACUACAAAGUAAAAGUCAUUUCAUUUAGUUUCACCUAUUAAAAAUCAGCCAUGAAUAUAUUGGGUAUUCAAUUUGCACCACUGUCUAUCCCACUGGAAAGAAGACUACAGACUGCAGCAGUGUUUUAUUAUUGUACCAGCUUUGUAUUUUUUGGCACAGCUGCUAUUGGAUUAUUUAUAUACUUCCUUUUUACUAAAUUCUUUUUCAUACCUCUGUUGUAUUUUGCAUGGUUUGUGUAUGAUCAUAAAAAAUGCUGCCAAGGUGGAAGACGAAUUGACUUAUGUCGACGAUCGAAAUUGUGGAGAUACUUUGCAGAUUAUUUCCCUGUUACUAUGAUAAAAACUGCAGAGUUGGAUCCUAAUAAGAAUUAUAUUUUUGGAUAUCAUCCUCAUGGUAUCAUGUGCUAUGGAGCUUUCAGCUGUUUUGGCACAGAAGCAAGGGAUUUUAGUAAAGUUUUUCCUGGUAUUACUCCUCGUUUAUUGACACUGGAAGGACAAUUUUGGUUCCCUUUGCACAGAGAGCAUAUUAUGAGUGCAGGUUGCUGUGCUGCUACAAGAGAAAGCAUUGACUGGCUUUUAACAAAAGAAGGGAAAGGAAAUGCUCUUGUUCUUGUAAUUGGUGGAGCAGCUGAAGCUUUAGAUGCUCAUCCUGGAGAUGUUAAUUUAACACUAAAGAGGAGAAGAGGGUUUGUUAGACUUGCUUUAAAACAUGGUGCAUCUCUGGUGCCAGUAUUCGCAUUUGGUGAGAAUGACAUAUUUCAACAGGUGGAAAAUCCAAAAGGCUCACCGUUGCGCCAGUUUCAAGACAAGUUAAAGUCAUUUUUAGGUUUUUCUGCUCCUCUUUUUCGAGGACGUGGCAUGUUCCAGUAUAAUUAUGGCCUCUUACCUUACAGAAAGCCUAUUACUGUAAUCAUUGGAAAGCCCAUUGAUGUUGAAAAAAUAUCUGAACCAACGGAAGAAGAUGUUAAAACUCUGCAUCAAAAAUACAUCGAUGAUUUAACUUCUUUAUUUGAAGAACAUAAGAAAAAAUAUGCACCUGAUCUGAAAUUAAUGUUAAGUUGAAAGCUGUUUAUUCCGAAAUAUUCUUCUGGAAUUGCUGAUAUCCAUAGUUUCCGUAAAUUAUACAGUCGUUCUGUUUGUAUAUAUUCGAAUCUAUUUAUGUGUUACUUGUGAUGUAGCUUAUAAAUAUAUUUUCGAACAAAUUCACGAAAAGUUUUAUAUAGAUUAUACUAAAAAAAUUUUAAUUCUUAUAUUUAUAAAUAUUAUAUAAACAGUGAUUAUUCCAUUACAAUAUUCUCAGUAAUUCUCAGGGCUAAAGAUAUGAUGCAUUCUCGAAUAUUUUUAAGCUGAAAAUUAUAAUAUUGCUAAUUUCUGUGCUCGAAUUUUUGCAUUUUCAGUAUUGUUUUGCUUAAAUACUAUACCUUCUUAAUAUUUCCUAAGAAUGAAACAAAAGGUGUUUUUGUAUAUCUUAUGUAUUAUAUUUUAUUCUAGUCAUUCUUAAAUGUUGCAUGUGCCAUGGUAUUGCUUGCAACCAAAAAAAAUGACUUGAUUAUUUAAAAUAAAAUUGAAAACCAUCUUUAUUUACCAUAUAUUUGUAAUUAAAUAUUUAACAUGAAAUAACUUUUUGAACUGCUGUUAAUUUUAAUAUUAAAAGUAAUUUUCCUUUUACUUAUCAUAAUUACAUAUUGUGUAAUUAUGAAUUAAUUACAUAGUGUAAUUACACUAUGUAAUUAAUUAUAUAUUGUGUAGUUAUGAAUCACUCUAAUACUAAUUUGGAGAAUUCAAAGAUAAUUAUUAUAUUUAAAAAAAAUUGUAUUUGAAUAUGGUUACAAGAUAAGUAGUUAUAGGCAAUUUUUAAAUGUGUGUGAUAUCUAAUUUGAAGAAUAUAUAAUAAAUAUUCUCCAAACACGCUUACUUUUAAAGCUUUUUAUAUUACUUGAUAUUUUUUAAUUCCAUUGUAGCUUAGCUUUUUAAAAAAAUUUCUUUGUUAUUUCAAAAAAAAAAAAAAAAUAGUUAGCUUUUUCUAACCUAGCGACUCAUCUCUCAAAUAAAAAUAAAUGAUAAAAUCCUUCCACUUAUGAUGAUUAUUUUUAUCUUACAAGUGAUACAUUUGCACUAGAAGAUUGAAAUGAAUACAUCAAUAUAACUGGAUAAGAAAUUAGUAUCAUUAUCUUCUUAAUAGAAUUUGUAAACUAAUUUGUUUCAUAUUUAAUAUAAUUUUUGUUCUAACUUUUACUUUUGGCAUUAAUUAGAAAUGUUUAUAUGUUUUGGAAAUAUUUAUUAUGUAAUAGUGUGCAAAUUUGGUUAAUAAUGCUGACUUUCAUAUGUUUUAAUGAAACUGAUAUGUCAUAAAAAAUAUUUUGUUCUUGUCA